CUUGCAGGUAAUUCGCACGCGCUGGAUCGCUGCCCGGAAGUGACGAGUCGUUCAGGAAGUGAAGCGUCAUUAGACCUCUGCGCGUGUUCCUGAAGAGCCCUGAGCAUGGAGCGCUACAGGUACUUCAUCCUGAACCAGAAGCUGGCGGUGGUGUGGGGGGUGCUGCAGGUGGCCUGCGCCGCCCUGUGUGUGGUGUGCGGGUUUAUAGACGCCGCGUUCCGUGUGGACACCACCCUGAGCGAGACCAGAGCUCCCCUGUGGGCCGGACUGAUCAUGGCUUUACCUGGAGUGCUCGCACUUUUUGCCUCACAUAGAAAAAACCCCACGCUGGUCACCAUCAUGAUUGCUUCAUCGGUCAUCUCUCACGUCGCCACAGUGAUCGUGUUCAUUUACACCGGCGUGACGCUCAGCUACGGGGAGCAGGACGACGAACUCUUCCAUCCCGAUCACAUCGCUGAAGUGAAGUUCGUUCUGAGCCGAGUGGUAAAGGGAGCGAACAGCACCAUGGUGUUCGCUGGAGUCGGAUCGUUCAUCUUCUCCUCCCUCAUCGCGUAUACAGGGUGUCGCAGUCUGCCGCUCUGUGGCUGCUAUGAUUCAGUCACAGGAAUGGAGACACUCGUUCCUCAAGAUGACCCGAGCGCUUCAGGUGAACUGGUCUGUUCGUGGCACGGUGGAGACGAACGCGUGUUUAACUCUCCUGUGUCGUUUAUGGAGCGCUGCCCUGAACACGAAGAGGAACUCUCUGCACUUCCUCCGUACAGCAGACUGGCGUAGGCACCGAAGUGCACACUUCUGAGUGAACACUUGCUCUAAACAUCUCGUGCCUUUCAGACUCAGGAAUAUGAAGCUUUUGAAUUCAGUUCUAUACAUUUCCUUGCACUUCUUUUUACUGAUUGAAUGUUUUAUUUUACUGUGUGCACAUUGUUUUUGUUAUACAUCAUUUUUAAUUUAUAUAAUUUAUAUAAUGAAAUGUCUGUAAAUAUUGUGAAAUAAACAACACAUUUUAAAUAAAUAG